AUGAAUGAAUCAAAUAAUUUAGGUGAUGGUAUAAUGAAAAUUAACACUGUAAAAUUCAAGGCGGUAGUAUUACUUAACUAAUUGAUUGAUUAAUUAAUUCAAUUAUUUUAAAAGAAAAGAAUUACUUUAAUUUCAAAGUAGAAAAGAAUUCACUACAAGGAAUAGUUUUGUAUAUUCGUAAACAAGCAAGAUAGCAAGCAAACAAGCAUAGAAGAAUAUAAAAGGAAUUAAGCUUGA